GCCAUUUUGGCAGAACAAGAACAUCAGCAGCAGAACAACAAAGGCCGAAAAAUUGGAAAAAUUAAAACUUGUAGCGAAUUUCAAUACACAUAUUGUGACAAAUUAAAAUGUACUUCCUAUGCUGAACAUUUCUCUGAUUUCAACUGCAGAAAGUCUAACCAUGUUGGGAAAAUACGACGAGCCACCGGAGAACAUCCGUAAUCGCAGUAACGCGGUUCCAAUGUCGAUACCUAUGAUAGCUCUACCGACGUAUCAAUUAACAACUUCCACUGCGUCUACUCUUACACGCAGACCGAACGAAAAUGCAUCAAUUAUUAAUACUUCUAUUGGACCAUCUUCCACCGCGGUUACCAACAGUAGCAGUUCGGAAUCGAGCGUUAAACAGCUGUCCCCUCAGUAUCAAUGUCUGCAAUGUCUCAAAUAUUUCAAUAACACUUCCGCUCUUUCAUUGCACAUGGACUGGCAUGAAAACGAGCAACGGGCAGCCAGCAGUAGCUCCGGCUAUAACGGACAGAUGGUUUCUGUGAAUGAUAUCAAAAGAGAACCCCAACCGUUUCAAAUUGUCACACAGACGAUCUACCCGGGUACGUUUCAAGUGGUCACAAGUAUCGGUCAGUCUUGUGAUAUUUGUCAGAAAGUGUUCAAUACUGCCGAACAGUUUCACGCUCAUAUGAAGAUCCACGAAGGUGAAUAUCGCAAUCGAGCGCUCUACCAAUCGAAUAACACUAACGUUGAACAACUGGCGGCUGGUCAGCUACCAAUUAAAGAGCAGGAACCAGAAGAAUGCAAUGAGAAGCCACUUGAUUGUAUUGUGUGCCAUCAGAAAUUUCAAACAGCGCCGCUUCUAGCUCUCCAUUUAAGAGAGCACAGCACUCAGAAGCCGUACGCUUGCAAUAUUUGUGGAAAAGGUUUCAUUCAGUCGAACAACCUUUCCACCCACAUGAAGGUGCAUUCGGGACAAAAACCAUUCAAGUGUGACAUUUGUAAUAAAAACUUUAGUCAAUCGAACAAUUUAAAGACACACGUUAGAACUCACACAAAUGAGCGGCCAUAUGCAUGUACAAUCUGCGAAAAACGGUUCAAUCAGAAAAACAACCUUACGACUCACAUGCGAACGCACUCGCUUGUUUGCAGAAUCUGCCGAACACGGUUCCAGAACACAACGGAGCUUACCGAUCACAUUCGUGUUUGCUAUGCGGAUCAGAAACCGAACAUUUGCACUACGUGCAACAAGGUUUUCAUCGGUGAAGAGGAACUAGCAGAACACAUGAAACAGCAUAAUCAAGCUAAGCCACAUAAAUGCCAGAUAUGUCUGAAGUCUUUCACCCAAUCUAAUAAUUUGAAAACGCACAUGAAAACCCAUAUCUUCCACGAUCCAUUCAAAUGUCCCUUCUGCUCGCGCUCGUUCCCAAAUCAGGAGGAAUUCGAACGCCACUCGUUAGUGCACUCUUCACCUAAACCAUUCAGCUGUCCUUACUGUGGCAAACAGUUCAUUCAGUCGAACAACUUGAAGACUCACGUACGCACCCAUACCGGGGAGAAACCCUACAAGUGUUACGUCUGCGAUAGACUAUUCAAUCAGAAGAACAAUCUAAAUACCCAUAUGCGAAUCCAUCAGGGUCUUAAACCCUACCAGUGCACGGUUUGCGAGAAGCGCUUCAAUCAGAGCAACAAUUUGAAUAAACACAUUUACAAGGUGCACUGCCACGAGAAGGCGCUGGCUGCGGUCGCUGUUCCCCUCGGAACCGGUACCGAAACGGGGGGUGCAAUCGUGACGACCACCGGUAGCGUCGUUGCGACGCUUGACGGUGUCGGUACACCGAGCUGAGUGCGUAAACUAUCGGGGGUAGGUUUUAUUGAUGUUAACACGCACUCAACCUAGACUGGUAGUUGCUCGUAUUAUUCAAAAUGAUGAUGAUAAAUAAACUCGUAAUCUAUGUUUAUGUUA